UUGCAGGACAACGAUUCGUAUUUCCACCAAUCUUUAGGAGAAUGGCGAGAGUUAAACAUUUCUCCUACCUUCUUGGAGUUUGCAAACAAGACAGAGGGUCUUUCUGCGUCUAUGGCUUUGCUUGUGCACCACUGGCAGAAAUUACUGGAGUUUUGGUUAGACGCGGUAGACAAAGCGGACGAGGAGGCUUUAAAACCUUUACUUGAGUACAUUUAUGCGUUCUUUAUUUCUUGUGAUGGAGCUUAUCCUCCUCCAGUCUCGAACGCUAUCGAAGAGACGUGGGCCGCCUUUGCGCAAGUAUUGCCGAAAUGCGACCCGGAAGUCCAGAGAGUCGUAGCGGAGCUUUGGGGUACCACCAUAAGGAGGCUAAAGGCUGCGGUGCGGGAGCAGUGUGUUCUAUCUAUUGUGUCAGCUGCAAGCCCGGAUGUUAGCUCUUGGGUCUUUGUCUCGGCUUGCAAGCAGCUCGCCGAUGCUGAAAAAGAAGAUUCUGAACUGCUUCGAAGACUUUUGGAGGUCAUCACCGUGCCAUGCUCCGUUCGCCAGGGCUCGCGCAUGUCAGCGAAGCAUCUGACGACCCUCCUUUCGCAAUUCGAGUCUCUUCCUCUAUCGGAUCUUCUACACGAGGCUCUUCUCAAGUUCGUCGCCGCGUGUCUCACUGCUGGCGAUAUGGCUCUCUGGAUGGGUCCUGGCCGGAAAGUGUUUGUUCGCAUCUGGGAACGGCCUGUGCUUGCUCUCGAGCUCUGCACCGUACUGUCCGAUCUGAAUUGGGGAGGCUGCAAGUUGCUCGCUUCGCCACACGUUGUCAAACUUGUGCCGGACCUCCUCGACUCGCAUACCGAGAAGGCGCUCGAGCUGCUCAGCGCGUUGCAGAAAGAGAAAAAGCUGCAGGCUGAGGCGUCCUGGAAGCAGAGACUACAGGCCUGGUUCACUAGGCAGCUAUCAUCUUGGAGUCGGACUCCUGAUCAGGUAGGACCGUAA